GCAGCUGCGCUACGACUGCUCUAGGAGUGGACCGGGCAAAAAUCCUGGCCAUGAGCCCCCACAGGCUGCUGCCGCCACUGCUGCUGCUAACUCUGCUGCUCGCUGCCCGCACGGGAGGCGCCUUGGCCCGCUGCCCAGGCUGCGGGCAGGGGGUGCAGGCGGGUUGUUCAGGAGGCUGCGUGGAGGAGGAGGAUGGGGGGCCGCCGGCGGAGGGCUGUGCGGAAGCUGGGGGCUGUUUCAGGAAGGAGGGGCAGCAGUGCGGGGUCUACACUCCUAACUGCGCCCCGGGACUGCAGUGCCAGCCGCCCGAGGACGACGAGGCGCCUUUGCGGGCGCUGCUGCUGGGCCGGGGCCGCUGCCGCCGGGCGCGCGCGCCCUCGGGUGAGAAUCCUAAGGAGGGUAAACCCCAAGCAGGGACCACUCGCACACAGGACGUGAACCGCAGAGAACAACAGAGAAAUCCGGGGACCUCUACCACUCCCGCCCGGCCCCAUCCUGGGGGUGUCCAAGACACCGAGAUGGGCCCGUGCCGCAGACACCUGGACUCAGUGCUACAGCAACUCCAGACCGAGGUCUACCGAGGGUCUCACACCCUCUACGUGCCUAAUUGUGACCAUCGUGGCUUCUACCGGAAGCGGCAGUGUCGCUCCUCCCAGGGGCAGCGCCGAGGACCCUGCUGGUGUGUGGAUCGGAUGGGCCAGCCUCUGCCGGGGUCCCCGGAUGGCGAUGGAAGCUCCCCCUGCCCCGCCGGGAGCAGUGGCUAAGGCUGGGUGGGGGGCUGCAGGGCCACUGGCAGAAGCCUGGGGCUGUCCUCUUGGGUCAUUUGUUGAGUGAUGAGUAACUCAGGGGCCCCGAGCCCCACAUUCCACCUUCAGGCCCUGCCCCAUUGUCCCCCUCACCCCUGGGACCUCACACAUGAAAAGAUUGUUGGUGUUGGCUUGGGCUGUUAAUAAAGCUGUGUUGGGGGACUCUGGCCUACA